UUUCUCCUAAAUCCCUCACUCAUUAAUGGACUCUCCUUUUAUGCAUCAGCCUCAGCCUAAGAAGCAAGCACAUGAUCAAUUACGUAUACUCACACUUGUAAGAUCACUUUGAGAUGUCUGAUGGAAGUGCAAAUAGAAAGCUAUCAGGUACUGCACCCAUCUCAUAAAUUCUACCAAAGAGUUCGCCGAAAAAGAGAUUCGCAAAAUCUCCCUGUAAAAGAGGCUCGAUGGCCAUUGCUUUUCGCCUCACCUGCACAGCUGCGCUUCUGUUUCACUGCGUGUACUGUGUGUUUUUUCUCUUUAUAGAGAACUGAGUAGAUCUCUUUUCGAACUGUGUUUUGAUCCCCGGGUACUCUGUCCCAUCGAAUGACUGUAGAGAGGGAGUGGGUACAGCACCUACCUCAAAGACAAUAAUACAGUCGAGAGAGAGAGACUCUGGCAGGGGUGGUGUUAAUGAUUUCGGUCUGUUUCAGCAUUUACAUGAAGAUUCUUAAUCUGGGUCUAUGUAAAAAUGUCGACUUUGCAGCAGACCAAUGAUGUUGAUUUAGAGUCAGCAAGUAGUAACAAUGGUGGUACUGCUAACAGCGGUGGCGGAAGCUGUCACCGCCAAGUGGCCGCCGUGAGUGAAGGUGGCGGACAGCACUUACCGGAUGAAAGUGAGAUUGUUCAAGAGGCGGAAGUUCAUGGUGAUAAUAAAGAGAAGCAUGAGAGGAAGGAAUCCAGUGUUUCAGAGUGUUCGGUGGAGAUUGUGGAUCUGGAAGCUGGGCCACCUGACACCAAGCUACAUUUGGCUACAACCGAGAGGGACUGUAGGAUUUGCCAUCUGAGCAUGGAUGCAGCCAAUCCGGACUGUGGGUUCCCUAUUGAACUGGGCUGUUCUUGUAAAGACGAUUUGGCUGCUGCCCACAAACAAUGUGCUGAGGCUUGGUUCAAGAUCAAGGGAAACAAGACCUGCGAGAUAUGUGGAUCCAUUGCACAAAACGUGGUCGGUGUAAAUGAGGCCGAGUCGAGAGAGGAGUGGAACGAGACGAGCGAUGCUGAUGGCCCAGCCGCGACUAUGUCGGCACCCGUGUCGGAGUCGCGAAACUUCUGGCAAGGCCAUCGGUUCCUCAACUUUUUGUUAGCUUGUAUGGUGUUUGCAUUUGUCAUCUCGUGGCUUUUUCACUUCAACGUACCCGGGUGAGGUCCUCAAAACUGCUACCUACUUCUCAUUUGGUGGCAUUUUGGCUGAAUUUCUCCUCACCUUCUGGUCUAGAUAUGUAUGCUCCCAUCUACUGCCAGCUUGUGUAUAUUAGUUGUAGAGCUCAAGAUGUUCUUGGAUGCAUCUUUUAUCUAUUAUGAUAAUAUGCUGUUUUAGUGGAGGGUCGGAGACAACCUCAAUUUGAUCCCAAGUUUCUCUCCUUCAAGCAGAGAGAGAUGUCAACUCAAUCAAUUGAUUGACGACGCUGUGAUAAUAUGUUGUUAAUAGCACACAGUUGUAUGUUUAUUUAUGUCAAUAGGAUGGUCGUGCAAUUUAGAUUGUGU